AUGGCGGCGAAUGUGAAAGGGCAGGUUCCCUGCACCUGCAUUCUGCUCGACACUUCAGCGUCCAUGAAUCAGAGGACGUCAUCCAAUAUCUCUCUACUCGACAUGGCGAAAGCCGCCAUUGAGCAGAUGGUGCGAAGGUUUCCCAACGAGCGGCAGCACAGGUUCCUCUUGGUCACAACUCGAUACGGAGGAACAGUCGAAGCUGGAUGGGGAGACAGCCAGCAUGUGUUCCUGCAGAAGGUCAAGAACGCUGUGGCAAGAGACCUCUCGGAUCUUCCGUCGGCAGUCCGCUGCUGUUUCGACCUGCUGGAGAAAGGACGAUCGACGUAUGACAUCGACAACUACGGACAGGGUCGAUGGCCAUGGAUGACCAUGGAAGCGGCGUCUGUGUGGAUUCUGAGCGAUGGAUGCGACAUCUCCAAUGAUACAGGCAUUCUUUCAUCUUUCAAUCUGCCCCGCUCAGAGGCUCCGACUUCUGCUGAGCUCUUCCUGGAGCCUUUCCGGUGGGACCAGCGAGUUUGGAUGACCAUCUUGCGUUGUCCGGGAUGCGGCAGUCUACCUCAGGAGCUGGCAAAUAAUCCUGGACCCGCCGGCUCUAUAGCAGACAUGACAGCAGGAAGGGCGCAAGUGGUGCAGAACAUGCGAGAGUUGAUGAAGGCUGUGGAGAGCCUGUCAAGCCGGCUGAUCGCCGCGAGUGUCGGGGUCAAGAUCGUCCCUCUCGAGGACGAUGAGGAGAACGGGUUCAAGGAUGCAACCAGGAUCAAGGCUCCUCCUCAGGCCAAUACCAUCCUCGUCGUAGCCUCAAAGGCUCCUCAGUUCUGGCCGAUUCCUGACAGCACGCUGCUCACUGAGAGCGCAACGAGCAUCGGUAACCACUCAGUCCCCCGCGCCGCACUCCCAGUCCUCUCCUACAAACUUGUCUGCGGAACCGGCGAUGGUCAAGGAGGAGAAGGUCAGAAAGAUCCUGCGCACGACCACACGAUCCUUUUCCCAGAGUUCUACGAGGUCGAGCCCUGUGCUGUCACCGACUACCUGCGCGAACGCUGCAAUGCUCUGAAGAACCCGCGUGCGAUCCUUCAACUGUACGUGAAAGGCUCCUCGACGCCUUGCCCAGCUGCGGGCGAGAUGCCGCUCAGCAUUUCACCAUGUGCUGGAGAGCCUUUCGGGUUCCUCCGGCUGAUACCACAAGACGGGAUGGGGAGGAUCCGUCCUUCGAGCAGCUCGGCAAGAGCUGGACUGCUGCUGGACUUUCCUGGGGUGGAGCUUGCUCUCCUGCCGUAUAAUUACCCCAAGCUCUAUGAGAUCGUGGAGGAGCUGAGAAAACCUAAUGCCGGGGGGAUCGCAAACAAAUCGACACAAACACGACAGGAGUUGGAGGCUUACGUGCGAUCCGUUCCGCCCUACUACCUUAAGUCUCUCAGGAAGCUGCUAAGGAAUCUGGGGAUCGCCAUUGCUGACCGGACCGAGCCGAUGCACUCACAACAUCUUGUUCACGCGCUCACAAGGCUCAAGUUUGUCAAGGUCGAGAGAAUUUGA